UACCAAAAACAUAAACAAACGAGGCUCCCUUUCCACGCAAGGCAUGUGUCCUCGGCCUCUAAUUUCUUCUUUGUAGGUGAUUGGCCAGAAAAAAAUAGCAAAAUGAAGUGUUAUUAUGAUGUAUUGGGUGUUAGUCAAAGAGCUACAGAUGAUGAGCUCAAAAAAGCAUACAGAAAAAUGGCUCUGCAGUGGCAUCCAGAUAAAAAUCCUGAUCGGCUUGAUGAGGCCAAGGCACAGUUUCAGAUAAUUCAGGCUGCAUACGACACACUGAGUGAUCCACAAGAAAGAGCAUUUUAUGACCGUAAUCGUGAAAAUAUCCUUAGAGGCAAAGAUGAAGAUUUGGAAGCAAAACCAGAUAACAUUGAUCUAUUUGCCUAUUUUUCUUCACAAUGUUAUUCUGGUUUUGAUGAUACAGAGAAAGGCUUCUAUACAGUAUAUAGACAAUUGUUUGAGAAGAUUGCAGCAAAGGAUAUGCAAUACAUGGAUGAUGACGAGGAAGAUAUUGCCAUUCCAAAUUUUGGGAAAAGUGACUCUGAUCUAGAAGAUGUUGCACAGUUUUAUGGCUAUUGGUCAAGUUACUGCACUUCAAUGUCUUUUGCUUGGGUUGAUGAAUACGACAUCAGGGAAGCCCAAGGAAUGGGGCGCUGGGUGGAAAAGAAAAUUGAGAAAGAAAAUAACAAAGUUCGACUGAAGGCUCGCAAAGAGUUCAAUGAAAGCGUAAGGUCAUUAGUUGCCUAUGUUCGAAGGCGUGACAAACGUUGGGAAGCUCGCAAGAAAAUGCUUGAAGCAAAAGCUGCAGAAAAUGCUAAAAGGCAGAAAGCUAUGCAGGAGAGGCAGAAAGAAGAGAGGCUAAAGAUGAUGGAGCAGGAUAUUGCCAUCGAGAAGGCAAAGAUGGCAGCCUAUGAGGAAGAACUGCGGGCUCUAGAAGAGAAAUUUGCAGAGGAGUGGGGUUUAUCUGAAUAUGAAGAUAGUGAUACAGAAUACGAUGAAAAUGCGGAAGCUGUCAAUGGAGAAGAUAAUCCUGAUGCCCAUGUUGAAGAGGAGGAAGAAGAAGAAGAUUAUCCUGUAGAUGACAGAUAUUGUGUUGCAUGCAAUAAAGAGUUUAAAACUGCUAAUGCAAUGGAGAGUCAUUGUAGAUCAAAGAAACACCGGGAAAAUUUGGCCAAGAUGAAGGCAACUAUGCUGGCAGAAGAUGAACUUCUUAAUGGAAAACAAGAGGAUAUUCAAGCUGAUCAAAAUUCUAUAGACAAUGAGGACAUAAGUACACCACCAAAGUCCUCUAAGAAGAAGAAGAAUAAAAAGAACAACCCUACCGACAUCCUCCAGUCCUUAGCCUCAGAAACGACCAGCAGAUCCAGCAAGUCGAAGAGAAAAGGAAAGCGUCAAACUUUAGACUUCGAUGCGAGUCCAGAUAUGCUGGGAGAUGCUGCUGAUGAAAAUGCAGGCAAAGAUGGCAUAAACGACUGCCCUGAGGCUAUGACAGAAAGUGUUAGUGGUGGUGACACUCUCCCCAGUGAAAAACCAGAGGAAGAUGAUGCGGCUGCCAACAACAGCACAUUUGAAGCGACUCCGAAACCCAAGGGAAAGAAAGCUAAAGAAGCAAAGAAACGAGCACAGCAGGCAGAAUCUUCGAAUAAAGAAAAAGAGGAACUCAAAUGCAAGGUGUGUGGCAGUGAAUUUGGUUCCAAAAAUAAAUUGUUUACGCACUUAAAAGUUGCGGGACAUGCUGCACUUAAAACUGCAAUGCCUCAAGCUGAAAAGAAGGCUAGAGGUAAAAAGAAAUGAUUUAAUAUGAUGGCAUUUAUUUGAAUAUCAUUGUUUAUUCAUGAACUACAUAAUUUAUAUUAAGAGGCAAACACAUGCAAAAAAUUAUCUUUAUUGACAAGUAAAGCAUUAAAUUGCUUAUUUCAA